UCAUUCUUUCUUUUUCCAGUGCAGCGGAGUCAAAACCCCAGUCUUUGACUCCAGGCUCCGGCUAAGGAGACUGAAAAGUCUGCAAAAUGGGAUUUGUAAAAGUGGUGAAGAAUAAGGCCUACUUCAAGAGGUACCAGGUGAAGUUCAGGAGAAGGAGAGAGGGGAAAACUGACUAUUUUGCCCGCAAGCGCCUGGUUAUCCAAGACAAGAAUAAGUACAACACACCCAAGUAUAGGAUGAUCGUCCGUUUCUCCAACCGGGACAUCAUCUGUCAGAUCGCCUAUGCCAAGAUUGAGGGUGAUAUGAUUGUGUGUGCAGCUUAUUCCCACGAGCUGCCCAAGUACGGAGUGACUGUGGGCCUCACGAACUAUGCAGCUGCUUACUGCACUGGCCUGCUGCUUGCCCGCAGGCUGUUGAACAAAUUCGGUCUGGAUAAGGUGUAUGACGGUCAGGUUGAGGUCACUGGAGAUGAGUUUAAUGUGGAGAGCAUUGAUGGACAGCCCAGUGCCUUCACCUGCUACCUGGAUGCUGGCCUGGCCAGAACAACCACUGGCAACAAAGUUUUUGGUGCUCUCAAGGGGGCUGUCGACGGGGGUCUGUCCAUCCCUCACAGCACAAAGCGCUUCCCUGGCUACGACUCUGAGAGUAAAGAGUUUAACGCUGAGGUCCACCGGAAGCACAUUUUCGGUCUGAACGUGUCUGAGUACAUGAGCUACCUGAUGGAGGAGGAUGAGGAGGCCUACAAGAAACAGUUCUCCCGCUUCAUCAAGAACGGAGUCACACCCGAAUCGAUGGAGGAAAUGUACAAGAAGGCACAUGCAGCCAUCCGUGAGAACCCAGUACAUGAAAAGAAGCCCAAGAGGGAGGUGAAGAAAAAGAGAUGGAACCGCGCCAAGCUCACUCUGGGCCAGAGGAAAGACCGCGUGGCCCAGAAGAAAGCCAGCUUCCUUCGGGCUCAGGAACAGGAGGCAGAGUAAACCUGUGCCCAACAUUGUUCAAAAUGAUUGCAGAAAAUUACUUUGUUCUAAUAAAUCUAUUGGAAAAGACA